UAACUAACGCCCGAUCGCGAUGCUUCGUGAAGCAAAAGCAUAAUGUCCAGCUCGGAAUCCUCGAACAGUUCGCCUAAUCAAGCUAUAUUAAUGAUGCAAAAGGAAGACCUCACGUUGUACGGAUCGCCUGCACCUAUGCGUUUAAGCCGUACUGGCACAGUACGACGCGCCGCGACGCUGGCCUCCAGAGAAGAACGCGGAAGUGUUGACGACACCAGUGUUGUUCUUAAAUCCGAGCAUCCAGCACUAGACCACAAUGUACCCGAACGAUAUCGUAAGUCCUUGGACAGUACGUACAGACACAGCUUAGAAUCGAUAUCUGAAUAUAAACCAAAACACUCCUUCUCUUCCGCGUCCCUGAUCACCGCCAGAGACGGAGGAUCAAUUGAAUCCACCACCUCUGACUGCACAGAUUACGCCGUGCGAAGUGCAACCGACGUCGUUAACAAAGAAAACACCCUCGCGAGCGCCAGCUCCAGCUACAUCAGCUGGAUCGAAAGUGUUAACAGCAGCGAUUACUUCGGCUCCACGACCAAUACGCUCAGCGACACCGUCGAUCCAGAAGCAAAAGUAGGUGAAUGGAACAAUUUUUGGCUAAAUUACAACAGUCCCAAUAACAGAUACCUAUCUAGCCCGUACCUGUGCAUCUCGAAUGAAGAAAAACAGGCGGAAGACCUUUCGGACGGUAAAAGCACAUCGAGCACCCAAAAAGAUUUUAACGAAAAACGCAACUCCUUGGAUCAGCUCUUUCUCUCCCAGGAAGAAUUGCAAGAGGCGAUCAAGUGCUCGCAAAGGAUCACGGAAAUUUUACAGCACGCGUUGAAACGAAACGAAAUCGAGGUUGACGAGUCCAAGAACGACUCCUCCUACUCGCAGCCGUUCGCUUUUCUAUUCUCCGGCUUUCGUUCGAAGGAGGAGAUUCAGAAGGAAAGAGUGCGCUCCUACUCGCUGGAGCCGCAGCAGCUCCUUAGACAGAAGCAAAUGCUGAAACCGCCGAACGCGUCUGGGAGUAGUUGCGUAAAUGUGCUUCUAAAUACGGGCAUCGCCGAUAUUUUAAAGAAGGUCAUUAGCAAGCGACGCGAGGUCGUCACCUCGGACGAUCAGCUAUCCACACCGCGCAGCAGCUUUUCAGACUGGUCGACGAAUAAAUAGUAUAACUUGCAAUAUAUUCGCGAAAAGCUCGCCGAUAAAACGUUAUACAUGCAUUGCAAAAUUAAACGGAGAUUCAGUUGGCAACACUGACAUUUUGGUGUACGGCGCAGUAGACAGUUCUAGACGCUUUGCGCAAGUUUAUAGUUCCAUGUUAAGUGCCAACGUUUACUAAUUUGAUGUGUGAUGACCUUGGGAUUAUCUGAACGUGGGCGACAUUUGUCGCCAUUUACGGACAUAAGUUUUUAUGUUGUUAGUUACCUGAAGUUGAUGCGCUUCCGUAUUAUUUGUUCACAU